CAUGUAUUGUUAAACAAGAGGCGACAACUCCAAGUCAUUUUCUUAGAAACCGCGUACAAUCACCGAUUUUACACUCUUUUCUCUCCUAUAUUUCCGCUCUCGACACCCAAUUCUACCAUAUUAACCCACAACUCUUUUGCAAUUUUAGGUGGUGGAUUUCUUUUUUCUUGUUGACGAGGAAUUUAUAACGGAAAGAACAGAAAAGAAAGAAUGAGUGAUCAGGUGGUUUUGUAUGUGGACCAGCUGAUAAGGACGGAGUCCGUACAAGGGGAGGGUGGUGCUGAUGUUAAUAAGGCCUGUGGUACUGGGAGUGGUGUUGGGGAAAAUGAAGCGGGGCCGUCGUGCUCGGCGGUUGAUGAUGAAGCGGGAGAGGAGGAGCCGUUGAUUCAAGUGGGUGAGUGUCGCAUUUGCCAGGAGGAGGAUUCUGUUACCAAUUUGGAGACACCUUGUGCUUGUAGUGGAAGUCUCAAGUAUGCUCAUAGAAAGUGUGUUCAGCAUUGGUGCAACGAGAAAGGAGAUAUAACUUGCGAGAUAUGUCAUCAGCAAUACCAACCAAAUUAUACUGCUCCACCUUCUCCACCCCGAUUGGAAGAUACUGCUAUUGAUAUUGGUGGAGGCUGGACCCUAUCUGGUACUCCUCUGGACUUGCGAGAUCCUCGCCUCUUGGCCAUUGCGGAGGCAGAGCGACACUUUUUGGAAGCUGAGUAUGAUGAGUAUGAUGCUUCAAAUGCUAGCGGAGCUGCAUUUUGCCGUUCAGCUGCUUUAAUUUUAAUGGCCCUUUUACUCUUGCGGCAUGCACUGACCAUCCCAGAUGCUGAUGGAGAAGAUGACAUGUCUACCUUUUUCUCUCUUUUCUUGCUUCGGGCCGCUGGAUUUCUUUUGCCCUGCUACAUCAUGGCUUGGGCCAUCAAUAUCUUGCAGCGUCGAAGGCAAAGACAGCAGGAGGCUGCUGCAUUGGCCGCAACACAAGUAGCAUUUGUACUACAAUCUGGACAACGGAGGGGUCUGCAGUUUGCCAUAGCCUCAGGAUCACCUUCAGUGAGUCAGCCGCAGCCUCAGGAAGCUGUAUGAUAUGAUGGACAUAAAUUGAUGUAAUAUUUGUUGUGUCAUCUGAAUCAUAAUCAUACGGGGUGAGUGACCAACCACAGCCACAACAGAAGCAGGUUCUCCUAACAAGAGGAGUUUAAAAAAGGCUAAUUGUGUAUUAAUUACAAUAUUUUGUUUUAACUUUAUAUGAAUCUCACAUUUCUUAGAAUGAGCGUUUCUGUAAACUGGGUCAAUUUCUUAAUUCAGUUGCCUUGUUGAACCUGUACAAAUCUUUCGCUUUCUCAAGUAUAUAAAUCUCAGUAGCUAUUGAAGUGUUUCAAAUUA